AUGGCCUCAAGCUUGGCGUCUUCUGCAUCGUCUGCUGCAGCGUCUGCUAUAUCAUCUUCCGCAUCAGUUUCUGCUAGUGGAUCGCCGUCCUCGACCUAUUCUCAGUCAAAUGUGCCCACUGGUACACCACUCCCCGGCAACUAUGGUGGUGCCUAUCGUCCUCAGGUCCAUUUCAGCCCUCCUCGGGGCUUCAUGAACGAUCCUAAUGGCAUGUUCGUUGAUGCUGACGGAGUAUAUCAUCUUUACUACCAGUACAACCCCACUCGAAAUGUCGCAGGAAACCAACACUGGGGACACGCUACUAGCACAGAUCUCUUCACCUGGACAAAUCAACAGAUCGCCAUCUUCCCCGGCUCCGAGGUUGAGGGCGUCUUUUCCGGAUCUGCCGUGAUUGACGCGAACAACACUAGCGGCAUGUUCCCAAAUCAGACUAAUGGUGUCGUGGCCAUCUAUACCAUCAACACACCACAGCAACAAACCCAGGAUAUUGCUUUCAGCUUCGAUGGAGGUUACACUUUCGAAAAGUAUGAGAACAACCCUGUGCUAUCGCCAGGAGGCACAAACCCUACCCAAUUCCGUGAUCCAAAGGUCAUUUGGUACGAGCCGACUGAGAGUUGGGUGAUGGUCGUUGCUUACCCUAUCGAUUUCGAAGUUGGCAUUUUCACAAGCCCUAACCUGAUCGACUGGACACCGGCAUCGAACUUCUCUCGCUAUGGUCUGUCUGGUCUGCAGUACGAGUGCCCGAACAUGGUUGAGAUCGGCGUCCAAAACGCUACAGACGGCCAGCCCGAUUCACGAUGGGCGAUGCUCAUCUCGAUCAACCCGGGAGCACCUCUUGGCGGGUCCGUUACCCAGUAUUUCCUGGGAGACUUCAACGGCACCCACUUCGUUCCGGACGAUGCGCUGACCAGGCUCACCGACUUUGCCAAGGACAACUACGCCGGCCAGUUCUUCUACGGCAUCCCCGCUGACCAAGACCAGAUCAGCAUGGCCUGGGCCAGCAACUGGCAGUACACCAACGUUGUCCCCACUGCGGGCGAAGAGCUGGGCGAUGGCUUCCGAAGCGCGAUGUCCGUCGCUCGCGGACACUAUCUGAAGGAUCUCCCCAGGCAGGGUCUGACACUGGUGCAGUACCCAUCCAACAUCGAAGCAGUCAUCGACUCGGAGCUUGCGUCAAACAGCUCACUCGGAAACGGCACUGUUCUCGUGGACUUCUCGCAGGUCGAGUCUGGCGCACUGUACUUCGAGGCCAACAUCACCGGCCUGUCCGGCGGCGACUCUCUCGAUGGAACCCUCAACUUCACGGCGCUGUCAUCAGUGUCCGGCGAGUCGGUGUCAGGCGGUAUGAUCCUGCCCGGCGACUCCGUGGUGUGGCUCGACCGAGGCAAGACCAACGGCUUUGACAAUCCCUUGUUCACCGACAAGUUCUCGUACGGCGCGCUCUACAACCCGAAUGGUGAUGGUGCGUUCCGUCUGUCCGGUAUCAUCGACAGGUCCAUUAUCGAGAUAUUCUUCAACGGAGGCGAAGCUGCGGCAACCAGCGUCUUUUUCCCGACUCGGCCGCUGGACACCCUGAUCUUGAAGACUGCUGGCUUGAACGAGACUGUCACUGCUAGUGUUGCUGUCUGGUCGUUGAAGGCCACAUGGCUUGACCAGGCGGACUCGAAUGACACGGUGCUCGGAAAUGUUACUACGGGUGUGAACUCGACCAUGCCGAAGAGAUCUAUGAAGCUGUACUAG